AUGCGCAUACAUCGCCAGUGUAAAAAUUAUAGUUCUCUGAGAUCUACCUUUGUCGAUGCAAAUCAUCGUAUACUAAAUCUGCAGAUUCCAAAAUACCCUCACCCCCAGGGUCAAAUGCCUCAAGCCUUUGUGGGUGUACAGCCAGCUGCCUCAGAGAUAACAGAAUCAAAUCAAGAUAUUCCAGUAGAUGAACAUGGUCAAUCAUUGGCGCAAUUAAUACCUCUGGAAGAACGACCUCGACCGCCUAGACCGCCUCGACGAGUUUAUGUGCCUUUGCAAUCAUUCCCAACAAUGCAACCUGAGGUUACUAAUAAUGAUAAAACUGAAUUCCCAAACGCUGUGGAUUCCAGAGUUUUUGAUCCAAACUUUUUCAAAAAUCCAUCGGAUCCAGAAUUACCCCUGACAUGGCCUGAGUUUUCCGCGAGGUUGUUAUGGCUUUGUGAAAGUAAACUUGACCAUAGCAGCCCAACAAACGAACUAGUCUCGUAUGCCCGGAAAGCAACCCUACAACAAGUUUUUUCUCCAUCGCGAAUUUCAGUAACUAAUAUGGUGACACAGUAUUGCGAGUUACAAACUAUGUAUGAUACCAUAUUUCAAAUAAAGGGGCAUGGUGACAGCCCUCGAGACGUUGAAAAGAUGUUGAGAAGUUUGGUUGGAUAUGCCGUUGCAAACAUGGAAGAACCUAUUCCUGUUUUGACUGAGGAAAAUGAUGUUUUUGCCAUAGGGAAAAAUCUGCUUUCAAAAUUUCAAUUUUAUGUUCAAAAUCUUAAAAUCAACCGGCGCUUAAUUGAGGCCCGUGAUCGUGGUUCAAACGUACAUCAAUUGUUAGAAGAGAACGCAGACUCUGAAUCGAAUACAGUAAUCCCUAUCAUUCAAGAAGUUUCCACAAUGAUAGAAGAAAUAUUGGCAAUAAAGCUACUGCGGAUGGCCAUGAAGGCGCGUGCAUUGGCUCGAACCGGACGGACGCGGGAGCUUUAUGUGUUUGGUGAAUACAAGGGCAUUGAAAUUACUGGGAUUAUCGAUGAUUUGCAGGUGACUGAGAAGGGGAUAGUAAUAACUGACACAAAAACUCGCAUGGGACCGACACUACCUUCCUGGUCGUUACAACGCAACGCGUACCAUCAGGUUCUCAUUUACCAUAGACUGUUGACGCAGCUAGUGCAACCAGAUUACAAUUUUGAUGGAUUGUACCGCGCAAUUGGUGCCAACCCUGACAUGCCUCUUCCCUGGGGUACGGUUUCACUGUUUUCAAGUUCCAAUACAUCUGGUGGACUUUCGGAGAUUACAGAGGUUUUGGAACAUGCGGCGAUUUCGGAGCAUGCUCCAUUUGAUAUUCCUGAUAUAACGUUGCGCGAUGUGGAAAAAUGGGUUCGCUCGGCGCUCACAGCCGCAAUUUCAAAUAAAGGGAUUUCUGAUCGCGUGCAGGUCCAAUAUUUACGGCAAGCAACAUCGUCAUCAUCACUGCCUCAGGAGAUUGCAACAGUGGCAUAUCGCACAGACCCAGCACGAACGGAACAAAUGCUCAAGUUUGCUGCAGCCUAUUGGCGCGGAGAAAGAUCACCAUUGGGAGCAGGACCUGGUGAAGCAGAUGCCAAGUGUGGCCGGUGUUCCUGGGCACGUGUAUGCGCAUGGCGCAAAUCCGUGACUGCCAUGGCGGUUUGA